AAGGAAAUCUAUCGUGUUCCCCUCACUGUUGCUUCACCAGAUAACCUUAGUCAAAAUCCCUUGAAAUUUCUUCUCCUGCAGUUUUAAUGGCGGGCCAAGAAGAAACCAAGGAAUGCGACAAGGGUUUCCCCAGCAAUUUCAUGCUGUUGAAACCCGAAGAAUUGAGAUUCGUCGAUCUGUUUCGGAUCUUGUAUUCGACUGAUUUGGAUGACCGGAAAUUCGUGGAUAGUUCGUCGGAGACAGCCGAGAGUUUCCGGUACCGGUGGCUGAUUUUCAUUUCCAUCGUGGCGCAGAAGAUGUUGAUAUUCAAUUCGAAGCCAAUGGCGUGGAUGGGAUCGAAGAUCGAGAUGUUGCUUAAUCUUCUGGCGAUUAAAAAAAACUUUUUCGUGCUCAUGCUCAAUCUCAUGCGAGGAAAGGAAAACUGGCCAGAUAGAGAUUCAGCAACAUUCAUAUCUUUCAUAGGUAAUAUGGACAAGCGAAUGAAGCUCGACGGUGAGAUAAAACCCGAACAUGGAUGCAGGUAUUAUUCAGCAUUAUCGAUGAUGGCCUCCAAAGCAUCGUAUGAGAAUCCAGCCUACAUUGAAACUAUUGUCAAGGAUCAUUGGAAGAUGGAGUACUUGGGAUUUUUUGAUCACUGGAAUGAUUACCAAGAAAAAGCCACAACGCAGCUUUUCUUUUGCCGUGACAAAAGUGAAAACCAUGACACCAUUGUCGUUGCCUUUAGAGGAACAGAGCCAUUCGAUGCAGACGCAUGGUGUUCGGACUUCGAUUUAUCGUGGUACGAGCUUCAAGGGAUGGGGAGAAUCCAUGGCGGAUUCAUGAAAGCCCUUGGGUUGCAAAAGAACGUAGGGUGGCCGAUGGAAUGCAAACAAAACCGGAACCGGAAAGAACCCUUGGCUUAUUAUUUCGUGAGAGACAAGUUAAAAUCACUCUUGACCGAAAGUGAAAACACAAAAUAUAUACUGACUGGCCAUAGUCUGGGUGGAGCAUUAGCUAUUCUUUUUCCUGCAAUUUUGCUUCUCCAUGAAGAGAAAUUGCUGUUGCAGAGACUGGAUGGGGUUUACACGUACGGGCAACCGAGAGUCGGCGACGAGAAGUUCGGGAAUUACAUGGAAAAUAAGCUGGAAGAACAUAAAAUACGUUAUUUCAGAACUGUUUAUUGCAAUGACAUGGUGCCGAGGUUGCCUUAUGACGACAAGGAUCUUUUGUUCAAGCACUUUGGUACAUGUGUUUACUAUAACAGGCACUAUCAAGGGAAGGUUGUUCCGGAAACACCGAACAAGAACUAUUUCUCGCCGUUAUCAGUGAUACCGAUGAUGAUAAACGCCAUAAGCGAGUUGAUAAGAAGCUUUACUCUAUGUUAUUCGAAAGGACCUGAGUACAAAGAAGGUUGGUUUAUGAAAGUUUUUAGAAUAAUCGGAUUGGUGAUGCCGGGUGUUUCAGCUCAUUCCACUCAAGAUUAUGUCAACUCUACUCGUCUUGGCUCAUCCGAUGUUUUUCUUCCACCCCAAGAAAUGAUCCCAUAAUUCAAACCAUACUGUUAAAAUACCACGUUUCGACUACCUAAACUAAAAUAUUUAUGCACUUAGAAAAUUAGAUUAUGUAUUGGAUGUAU